AUGGGGUUGGGAAUGGAAGUUAAGGGAAGGGAAGGAACAGAAGGAAUUCGUUGGGAGGAAAUAUCUGAGCAAGCAAAGUUAAUUCAGGUUUGGAGAUGGUUAACAGAUAGUGAAACGAACCUUAGAACAGUUCGGAGUAAACAUGAGAAACAAAUCACCGAGCUCCAGCAUGAGAAACGCGAGCUAGAAAUCAGAGUGAGGGCUGAAUUGGAAGAAAAAGAAAGCAUUUUAGAAAACAUGAAGGAGCUAGAGGAGGAUAAUCGAGAGCUUGCUCUCAAUCUCAAGGAAGCUCUGAGAGCAGAUCCAAGAGCAGAGCCGAGAUCAGUCUCCAAAGAUCCAAGAAUAGAUCAACUAAUCUACAGAUUAAAGAUAGUGGAAUCUGAACAUGAUAAAGCCCAAGACCUAACUGCUCAACAGCUUCUAGAUGAUCAACAUGAGAAACAGCAGCAGUUGGAAGACCUUCAGAAGCAGAAUGAUGCAUUGUUACAUAAGAUUACAGAUCUCGAAGAAGUUCUAAUAUCCAAAGAAGAAUUAAAUUCUAAUUACAAGAUAGAGUUAGAUAAACUUUACCAGGAGAGGAAGGAUUUGGCUAAAAAAUCAGUUCUGAAAGAGGAAGAGCAAUCUGCCCGGUUACGGCUGGUCGAUCAAUUCGAGACUAAGGUUGAACUUCUAACAAAACAAAAUCAAGAUCUCGUAAAACUCAACAUGAAGCUCAAGUAUGGAUGAGAAAAUUACGGACGAAAAAUAGUUCAAAAUGGCGGACAGAAAAUGAUUCAAAAUGGCGGACAGAAAAUAAUUAAAAAUGGCGACAGAAAAUUACUAAAAAUGCGGACAGAAAACGAUUAAAACUGAAGUGGUAAAUAAUCAACAGCUGUAAGGUGAAACCGUAAAAAAAGAAGAUGGAGCAUAUUAUUAGUGUUCACAUCAUCAGAAACAAAUUGAGAAUAAGUGAACCAAGAAAUCAAUAUUAGCAGUACACACCCUCCCCAGUGCAGUCCCCACAUCCAGCUAGAAAUAGAGGAAUAUUCCAAUACAUAUAUUCCAACAAUUAAAAAAAUUUCAUUUAUAUUUUAACUAGCAAUUUAGUAAUUUUAUACUAAACUCGUAUAAUUUUAAACCUGUCAAUAUAUGAUAAUACAUCUUUAAAGUUUAAAAUUGAAUGUAAAAAUACUUUUCUUAAAUGCAUGACAAUGAAAUUGAAAAAAAAAAAGAUUUUUGUCAAAGGUUUACUGCAUAGAUGAAAGAAAGGGAUGAGAAAUGAUACACGAUGAAUGGAAAGGCCGAAAAUGACAAUGUUUAUUCAGGUUGAAAGAAAAAGCAGAAAAUGGCGGUGCUUAAUCAAGUUGAAAGGAAAAUCAGAAAAUGGAAGGAAAAGUUCCAGAAAAACAGAAAAUGGCGGAAUAAAAGAUGGUGAUCGAAGUUUAAUGUUUUUCAUUUUGUCCUCACUCGGCCUUGCAUCUUUUAUAUUUGAUGAAAGCCGGGAAAGGACAUCAUGAGAUUCAUACAAAUACAACUAUAAUUGCUAAUUGAACCUGCAGCUACAGUCAGAAAAUUUUAUUAAAACUUGUAUAAAAUAUUCAUAAUUGUAAGUUUGCAUUAUGUAUUAAAUAUCUAUAAUAGCUGUAUUAGUUUAACUUGAAAUAAAAUUAGCUGAUAUAUCAGCUUGUUA